GUACAGCGUGACCUUUCAGUGCGGCCGGUUGCCUGUGGAGGCUGCACACACAGAGUCACGGACAGGUGUCGAAACCAUACGACGCAUCUAGAGGCGAUCUUAAAGUAUAAACCCACCGUAAAUGGGUUUAUCACCACACCGGCCGUCACUCUUGUCGCGUAUGUUGUUGUGGAUGGAUUACAUUAUUCACGUCUCACCGAGAAGCCUCACAACGCCCCGUCAGCAGCGGCCAUAGCUCGGUCACUGACGCUGGAGAGUACUGUAAUCUGCCAUUGCAAUGGCAGUCUUUAGUCACCAGGUGCUUCUUGCAGUCACAAGAUCAAGGGGAUCGUAUUUGUUGUCAAAGAGGCACAGCUGCUCCUCUCUGUCUUCCAAAGCCUAUCUUCACAUAGACCCUCCCCGCCACGUCUCGUCAUUAUUCCCACUCAGGCACUCCCGCCAUGGCUACCCCAACUGUUACAGACGUCACGACCUCGGCCGGUGCCAGAACUCUGCAUUGCUCGCCCGCUCUCUGCACAGCUCAGGUUUUUGGCUCCAAGACAUAAAACAGGGGGACACCAAGACCUCCUCUGCCGCUGCCCAGGAUGCUUCUCCAGGAACAAAAAAGGACUCUCUGGCCGCUGCACCCCAGCCUCAACCUCCGUCAACUACCACUCCGGCCUCCACUACUGCCGCCACAGCUGCUGCCGUCCCUCCGGUGCAGGAGAGGGCAGUCGCGAAAAAGGCUUUGCAUCAGAGGAUUGUGGAUGAGUUAAAGCAUUACUACAAUGGCUUCCGGUUACUGGGCAUUGAUAUCAAGAUUGCAGGCAGGAUGGUGUGGAGGCUGCUGCAUGGACAACUGCUCACACGCAGGGAGAGGAGGAGGCUGAUGAGGACCUGCGCUGACCUUUUCCGUCUGGUGCCCUUCAUGGUGUUUAUCAUCGUCCCUUUCAUGGAGUUCCUCCUCCCCGUAUUCCUCAAGCUGUUCCCAGAGAUGUUGCCCUCCACCUUCGAGACGGAGUCCAAAAAGGAGGAGAAGCAGAAGAAAGGUCUGGCUGCUAAACUGGAACUGGCCAAGUUUCUGCAGGAGACCAUCGCUGAGAUGGCUCGCAGGAAUAAGGCGAAGGCUCAGACAGAGGAUGAGACGCAGCGUUUCUCCACAUAUGUUCAGAAGGUUCGGGGCACAGGUGAGCAGCCCACCACGAAGGACAUCGUCCGGUUUUCGAAGCUGUUUGAGGAUGAGCUGACGCUGGAACACCUGGAGCGCCCCCAGCUGGUGGCUCUGUGUAAACUUUUGGAGCUGCAGCCCAUCGGCACCAACAACUUGCUGCGUUUCCAGUUGAUGAUGCAACUCAGGACCAUCAAGGCAGACGAUGAGAUGAUUGCAGCAGAGGGUGUGCCGGCCAUGAGCGUGUCGGAGCUGCAGGCAGCGUGUCGUAGUCGAGGGAUGAGGUCUCUGGGUCUCACCACCGAUCAGUUACGACAGCAAAUGCAGCAGUGGCUGGACCUGCACCUGAAGGAGAACGUUCCUCCAUCUCUGCUGCUGCUCUCCAGAGCCAUGUACCUGACUGACCUCAAACCAAAACCCCCGGUCAUCCCCCCUGUUCCCAAACUAGAGAAAACUGCUCCUCCUCCAGUAGAGAAUACAGGAGCAAACUCGACCUCAGUCAGCACUGACAUGCUGGCGGACCCUGCUCGCAUCAUCAAAGACAGACCGGUGGAGGAGAUGAGAGACAAGGCUCCUGUCGUGUCAGACAAACCUCUGACUGCUGCUGAAGUCCUUCAGGCUAAAGCUGCCACCGAGGUUUCCCAGCAGAGCAAAAUGAGUGCCAACGGUGUGUAAAGAGGAGCAGAAGCCUCUGGACUGAAGAGGAGAUGGACUCACACAGCCCAGUGUCCUCAGGGGGACGACAGGGAUGUAGUGGUCAGACGACGGGCCAUUGAUGGUCUAAAGUUCAGUAGCCCCCAAUUAUUUUAAAGCCCCUCCGUUACAAUCCCUUCUCCUGUCUUCAGAAACAGAGGUAGAGGAAGUCCCCGACUUCUCUCAGCAUUGUCUCUGACAUGUUUAUAAGAACAGACGAUACAUCUCGUCCAGGAGUCGAAUUCCCUUACUGUCCUUCUUCAUUAACACCCGGAGGAGGUCUGUUGCCAUUCAGUCCUACCCUGAACUCUCGGCUUUCACAUUUGUGCACUCCGCUCUCAUUAAAUCUCUGUUAGCACCGGACAAAUCAGCCUGAAAUCUCACUAGACUGGCAGACCACCGAUGGAUGCUGUUGAUCUUACGUCCUGGAAGCAACACCUGAACCUCACAGGACACAUCCUGGUCAACUGUUUGGUUUAACGGUGUCUCCUUACAGUCUAGACGGUCUCCUCCUCCUCCUGUAAAUUUGUAAAUAUCCUGUAUAUUUUCGUUUCUGUCUUACAUCGCAGCAGCAGCUUUGUACAGUUUGCUAUGCAAAGACCUAAUGUCUCUUGAAAUUUUUUCAAGUUUCUCUCUGUUAGCAAUUUUAUUUGCAACACUUUUAACUCCUGUUCAGGACAGAUAUGAGAGAAGUUUUCAGAAAUGCUUUGCUGAACUUUCUGGCUCAGUAGCUGCUCCACCUUCAUCUUCUCUCAGUGAGCUGCAUCCUGCUGAUGAGCUGAAACAAACAUCAACAGCAGCACGUUCUGAACCUUUUGCAUUUUAUUCAUCUGCAGGUUCAGUCAAAAUGUGUCAUUUUUGUCAGCUGGAGGAGCGAUCCUGCCUCUGAACAGGGUUACGUAACGUAGGUGCUUGCUGCUGUAAUUAGCAAAGGAAGACUGGUAUAUUAUUAAGAGAGAGGUCACUCCUUAAACCCAGAUGAGACUGUGGUAAAGUGCAGUCUGCCUCCACUGGUAAGCCACUGAAUGGACAAUCUGUAAAAUUUGCAGAUUUUAUUUGAAUAUAUGGUGUAUGUAUUGUGUUUUAACACUAUGAUGCUAAGAUUUCCUUAAACUGAAAAGAGAAAAUACUUGAUGUUGUCCAUAAAGAUAUACUAUUAAUAUGAGAGAGAAGCAUUAAUCCUGAAGCCACAAAUGAGAUUAACAUGUUUUUUUUUUUGAUUGUGGCUCUAAAGAGGUAAAUGUAUUGCAUUAUGACUGAUUUCGCCCAGCUAUCCUACAUCAUUAAAUUCUCAUAAAUAUAUGACCCAUAAAGUUGUUACUGCAAAGUUUACCACUUAAGUGUGUACUGUAUAAAUACAGUUCUGUGUUUGUUUUACAAUGAUUAAGAUUUUGUAACAUCCCCCUUUAUACAUUUGACGUUGUUGGAGUAACUGAUUUCAUUGCUGCUGGAUGAAAACUUUUGUCUCCAAACCGUUUUUUUUCCUCAUUGCUAUUUAUCCGUAGGCACCUACUGGAAGUAGAUGCCGUAGAUGAAAGGAUAUUUUUUAAGCAAAAUAAUUGCUAAUGAAGAUUUAUAUUAUUGGUUUUUUCAUAUGUGCCUAAGGUUAAAGGGCGAUUGGGUUCGUGUUUGCAUUUUACAUCAAAAGACAGAUUUCUCUUUUUCUGUAUUGUACAAUGUCAGCUUGUACUUGAGUUUGGUUAUUCACCUCAGUGUGUUUAAAGUGCCCAGUUGCACCUUUUCCUCUUUAGUGGAAUGUCUUCCUCCCCCCCUUCGAUCGUAGUGUCAAUCCAAAUAAAUCAUUAACAAUAAUCUUGAUUGUUAAUACUGAUGAAAAACAAUCUUCUUUUUCAGUCAGGUUUGCACUCUUUAUCAGAAAGUGAAUAUGAGAAAAGUAAGUUUAAAAAGAAUCAGAAUAGUUGCUUUAUUGACUUUUUUUUUGUGCUCUGCUGCCAUAAUUUAAAAAUCCCCAAAUUUCCCCUCAUGGCAGUUUUCUUUGGAAACAAAAAGUUUGAUGUCUUGAGUUGCAGGUUGAUGCUUUUUAACAACACUAUCAGUUGAGAGAGAUUUUGUCAUGUUUGAUCUGCUGGAAGGUUUUCAGAUUUGAAUAAUUUGCGGGUACUGUGUACUGCAUGAUUAAACGAUUGCGCAGCAUUUAAACGAUGGGAAUGGCUUCAUAUUUCUGCUGUGCCACUGAGACUCUGAGUGUGCCAGACUGAAAAAAAAUGUUUGUAAAUUUCUGUCACAGUUAUCGGACAGAAUGCAGUUUAACACAUCCACAAUAAAUCUGUUCACAUAUUUUCCAUCUUGUCCUAAAUAACGUUUCCCACAUCACGUCACGUCACGUCAUUCAUUCAGUAUCAUAGUAUAUGGAAACUAUUAUUAACUCCUGCUAUAACAGAUUGUUUGGUACAUCAAUGCCAUCAUGAUGUUGUUCUCUGUCUGCAAGCAAAAUCUGCAUUGCUGUCCAGUUAUUAACAUGUAUGCAUCAGCUUACCAUCGCAAAUGAGUGUUUGGGCAAAGAAAGACCAGAAUUUACAUGAUUAAAAUCAUGAAACCCCUCACA